GUCAACCAAUGGUUUGAUUCCCCGACCGCGGGCACCGCCUCAGAUUAGACGCACGUAUGAUGUUACUGCCAAAUUAACCUCUAUAUCGAAAUCAAAUGAGGAAGAGAGUGGUUCUCUAGAGAGAGCAGGGUUCAUACGGUUCCUAUACUCUCUCGUCAGUUCGCGACUGUGAUAAAAUAUUGACUAGAAGAGAGAGAGAGAGAGCGUCACAUGCAAGUUGCUUUUACGGUCAAAUCAGGAAUGUUCCUUCCGCUUCCCAAAACUAAACGGAAGUUAAACUGGUAGUUUGUGAAGGAAAUCCUCUCCUUGGCUGUCUGGUGUAUGUUGAAUAAAACGCCAACACCUCCUGCUUCCUGAAGUCCUCAAGAAAGUGGUUCCGUCUGUUUUUGAGUGUUGGGAAAAGGGAAGGGGCCAGAGUCCUAGCGUGUCCUGUUUUCCAGGCAAUGAAGCUGCAGGCGGUGAUGGAGAACCUGCACAGACAGCAGAGAGCAAAACUGCUGAUGGAGCAGGCGGGGCAAUCACACAACCCCGCCCCCAUGGGGGAGGAGCUUAAAGCAAUUUCAGCCUCUGACACGGAGCAGGCGCAGAUGGCGGCGUUAGCAGCAAUGCGUGCAGUAGCAGCUGGACUUCAAAGGCUUGACAGUCCCGUUUCGGAACACAGCAGUGAGGGGGACGAAGAUGAUGAAGACGAAGAUGAAGACGAAGGGGAGGACCAAUACAAAGAUAUGAUGGGGUCUGAAGAAGAAGAGCAAAUAAAACAGAAAUUUGACGAAGAUGACUUUGAGGAGGAAGACUAUGAUGAUGAAUUAGGUGACGAAGGGCUGCCAUCAGGUCGUGAAGCCGUCACCCCGGGCAGAGGCAUCCUUCUCUUACCCCAUCGCCAGUUACAGCCUCACUCCCUGAUGCUGAAGGCUCGUCCUGGUUCUGAAUCUGAAGCGAGGGCUUUGACUCAUUCUGCUCAUUCAUCCCAUGGGCCACUCCAUGGACAGGACCACGCAGACUGGACCUAUGAGGAGCAGUUCAGACAGCUCUAUGAACUGGACAGUGACCCCAAAAGGAAGGAGUUUCUGGAUGAUCUUUUCAGUUUUAUGCAGAAGAAAGGGACCCCAGUGAACAGGAUUCCCAUCAUGGCCAAGCAGGUGCUGGACCUCUACAUGCUCUACCAGCUGGUGACAGAAAAGGGGGGGCUGGUGGAGGUCAUAAAUAAAAAGUUGUGGAGGGAGAUCACCAAGGGCUUGAACUUGCCGACCUCCAUCACCAGUGCUGCCUUCACUCUCAGAACACAAUAUAUGAAGUAUCUGUAUACUAACGAAUGUGAGAAGAGAGCUCUCAGCAACCCCAACGAGCUGAAGGCGGCCAUCGACAGCAACCGGCGAGAAGGACGUAGGCAAGGUUUUGGCAACUCGCUCUUCACCUACUCACCCAAUGGGACGCCCACCAUGCUCUCCUCACCCAAACGCACCAUGUCAUCAUUGGGCAUUGCCCUGCCCAGCAACGGAGCCUCCAUCUCAUCCAUACAGAACAUUAAAAAAGAAGAUGACGGGUUUCAGACGCGCCUACCUGCAGCUCUGGCCACACAUUCAGUAGCUGCUGCACAGGCCGCGGCUGCUCAGGCGGCCACCAUCGCACAGGUAGCAGCUCUGGAGCAGCUGCGGGAUAACCUGGAGACCGGCGAGCCCCCCCGGAAAAAAAUUGCACUACCACUGGAGGAACACCAGCGGUUACUGCAGAGAGCCUUGCAGCACAAUCUGAUGGCCAUGACCGCACAAAUCCCCAUGAACAUCCGCAUCAACAAUCAAGAAAGCAGACCAGACUCCGCCAUGAACCUGACCACCAAUGGCCUGAACAGCAUCAGCAUGUCUCUGGAGCUUAAUGGAGUCGUCUACACCGGUGUCCUCUUUGCCCAGUCUGUGGCACAGACCUCAUUGGGGGCAUCUAACAAAUCUUCUACAGGCAACAGUGGACCUCAAUCAGUUCUCCACACACCUACCUCAUCUUCCUCCAACAACCAGUCGCCUUAACGCCUCAGACUCUCCCUCAAUGCAAACCAAAGCCAAAAAACCUCAGUAACUACAGAAGAUAUGCCAAAAAAUAGUGCAGGAAUAACUUGAUGGUUCUCAACUUGAAGUACACUAGCUCAGGUCUCUUAUUUACACUCUCCUUUAUUCAGGAGUCAGAAGAAAUAUAAAAUAACAACAGAGUUUAUUAUAAAGA